GUUGUUGACUAUGUGAUGGUCUGAAUUCGUACAGGAUCCAUUAAUCUUACUCACAUUUUCUUAUCACAUUUGAAUUUAACUCAUCGGGACUGAAUUAAACUUAUGUUCGUGUUUCUCGCAUUCGGAGUAAACAAGAUAUUUGCCGCGGAGUCCGGAGUAAUGUAAGCUGGACUUCUUCCUGUCUCUACAGUAUCCAUUGACAAAAUGGGGCUGGACUUUGAUGUCAAGACAUUCUGCCACAACCUGCGGGCUACCAAACCCCCCUAUGAGUGCCCAGUGGAAAGCUGCCGUAAAGUCUACAAAAGCUACAGCGGCAUUGAAUAUCACCUUUACCACUACGAUCACGACAAUCCACCGCCUCCCCAGAGCACUCCUCAGAAGAAGCGUAAGGGCCGACCGCCUAGGGUCUCCUUGGCAGGGUCAGGAGAUGGCCCAGAUUCUAGUACCGGUUCUGGGAUCACUGGGCAGGGAACUACGCCGGGUAGCCCAGCCGAACGUUCUGAUAACUCCAAUUCUCCUGUGAGAGAGACAAUGACCUAUGCGGAAGCUCAGCGAAUGGUAGAACUGGAGAUCCGUGGGCGAGUGCACCGCAUCAGCAUCUUUGAGAACCUGGAUGUAUUUUCAGAGGAGGACAGUGGUGCUGAAGAUCCGCCAUCUUCUGGAAUCGGGGGCUCAGCUUCGUGUAAUGGGGGUGGAGUCGAGGGUGGCAUUGGUAAGGACAGAUUGGAUUGUUCUGCAACCAAUGGCGAGAAAGGGCCUCAAAAAACAGGAAAGCACAAAAGCAAAGAGAAGAAAAAAGACAUCAGUUCACACCAUCACAUGAACCCACCUGGACCAGCCGUGAAGUUGCCUGAAGUGGUCUUUCGAGAGCUGGAUGAGGAAAGACCGGAUGCACCCCCUCGACCCACAUCUUACUACAGACUUGGAUACUGUUUACUUCUCAGGUACAUUGAUAAGUCGGCAGAGGAGCUGGAUGAGGACGUGGAGUAUGACAUAGAUGAGGAAGACUACAUCUGGCUGGACUUCAUGAAUAAAAAGCGAGAAAGUGACGGGGUUUCUCCCAUCACUCAGGAGGUUUUUGAGUAUCUUAUGGAUCGACUGGAGAAGGAAUCUUACUUUGAGAGUCACAACAAGUGGGCGAGCACAUGUCCUUCAGGUCUGUCCAUUGGCUCCUCUGCUGCGUUUUUCGACGACAGCUCUCGGGGUUCCCAAACUGCGAACUUGGGUGACCCCAGCUCUCUGGUGGAUGAAGAUGCCGUUUGCUGUAUCUGUAAUGACGGCGAGUGUCAGAACAGUAAUGUUAUCCUGUUCUGUGACAUGUGUAACCUGGCGGUGCAUCAGGAGUGUUACGGUGUUCCCUACAUUCCAGAGGGCCAAUGGCUGUGUCGGCGCUGCCUGCAGUCGCCAUCCAGAGCUGUGGACUGUGCACUCUGCCCCAACAAAGGCGGUGCUUUUAAACAGACAGAUGAUGCCCGCUGGGCACAUGUAGUAUGUGCCCUCUGGAUCCCGGAGGUGUGUUUUGCUAAUACGGUCUUCCUUGAGCCUAUAGACAGCAUAGAGCACAUCCCCCCGGCCCGCUGGAAGCUUACCUGUUACAUCUGUAAACAGCGUGGCUCCGGUGCAUGCAUCCAGUGUCACAAAGCUAACUGCUACACCGCAUUCCAUGUCACCUGUGCUCAGCAGGCCGGCCUCUACAUGAAAAUGGAGCCAGUGCGAGAAACAGGUGCAAACGGGACUUCAUUUAGUGUACGCAAGACUGCCUACUGCGACAUCCACACCCCACCAGGAUCUGCCCGUCCACUGGCAGGGGUGGGAGGCACAAGUGUGGGCUCCUCACAGAGUGAGGGGGAAGCGGAGGAUGAGGAGGAUAUGGCAGGCGUUGAUGAGGAAGGAAAGGGGUGCAGCUCAGAGCGGGCAAAGCGGGCGAAAGCUAAAUCACGGAUAAAGAUGAAAAGGGCAAGGAAGAUACUGGCUGAGAGGAGAGCAGCCGCACCUGUAGUGUCUGUGCCAUGCAUACCACCACACAAGUUAAGUAAGAUCACGAGCAAUCUAGCAGUGCAGAGGAAAAGUCAGUUCAUGCAGAGACUCCAUAGCUACUGGACACUGAAGAGACAGAGCCGCAACGGUGUUCCUCUCCUGCGACGUCUCCAGACGCACCUGCAGUCCCAGCGCAACACGGAGCCACUCCCCACUAUUACCAGGGAUGGUGAAGAGAAACAUUCUGUGUUGAAGGAGCAGUUGAAAGCGUGGCAGAGACUCCGUCAUGACCUAGAGAGAGCCCGGCUGCUGGUGGAGCUCAUCCGCAAGAGAGAGAAGCUCAAGAGAGAGACAAUAAAGAUUCAGGAGAUGGCGUUAGAGCUGCAGUUGACUCCUUUCCUGAUUUUGUUGCGUAGCACUCUGGAACAGCUGCAGGAGCGAGACACCAAUAAUUUCUUUACUGAGCCUGUACCUUUAAGUGAGGUCCCAGAUUACCUGGAUCACAUUGAACGCCCGAUGGACUUUCAGACAAUGUGGAAGGGUUUAGAAUCACAUCGCUAUCUAAGCUUUGAAACUUUUGAGACUGACUUUCUGACCAUUGUCAACAACUGUCUGAAGUACAAUGCCAAAGACACAGUCUUCUACCGCUCUGCACUGCGAUUGCGAGAAGCGGGUGGUGCUGUUUUACGGCAGGCGCGCAGACAGGCAGAGAGAAUUGGCUAUGAUUAUGAGACAGGCAUGCAUCUUCCGAGAGAGCCAAGCCCGGAGUCACCACACGAGCGAGAGAGAGAGAGGGAAAGAGAGAGAGAGAGAUUCAGAGAGAGAGAGAGAUCGGCGUCAGCUGCUGAAGAUGAUCUUUUGCUGGAGAACCGACGGCGUUUGCCUCUGGACGAGCAGCUGCAGAUCCUGCUGGCACGUUAUGAUGAAGUCAUGUCAGGGAAGCACAGUAUCGGCCAGUCCCGGCGAGCUAAAGCCUUGAAGAAGGAGAUGACCGUCAUUAAGCGUAAGCUGGCUCAUCAGCGUGAGGGCGGCUGUGGUUUGGGCAAUCACGAGUCGAGCUUGUCGCUGGAACGCAGCUCAGUCCUUGCGCAUCAUGCCUCUGCGAGCGGCCGUCAUGAUGAUGGAGAGAGCAGCAGUCAUGAGAUUGGUGGAAAAGACCUUAAUGUGUCCUCUUCUGCGCUGGCCCCUGAGGUUGGACGUCGUACAUCUGUCCUCUUCUCAAAGAAAAAUCCCAAAGCCACCGGCCCUCCGAAGCGCCCCGGUCGACCCCCUAAGAACCGAGACCUGUUGCAUGGACCAGGGGUGCUGAGCUCUAGUCCAAUUGGCCCACCCCAGCUGCCUUCUCUCCCCCAAUCACGCAAGAGACCCCACAGUCCACAGUCCAGCUCCAGCUCGGAGACAGACAGCGAACACGAUCACCUCAUACUGGACCUGCACAGUAAUGGUUUUGGUGGAAGCAGUCAGCCGGUGACUGAAAGUUUUCUGGUGUACAGAAAUGAACGCAGUCUCCCGCGCUCCAGCUCCGACUCAGAGUCCACCAGCAGUAGCAGCAGCAGUGCCGCAUCCGACAGGACCAGUACCACUCCCUCCAAACAGGGACGUGGAAAGGCCUCAUUUUCCCGCUCAGCAUUUCCAGAGGACAGCAGCGAAGAGACGUCUGGGACAGAAAACGACUCGUACUCAAUGGGCGGAGCGAGAGGAGUUUCCCACUUGGUUCGAGGCAGGGCCCGCUCUGGAUGCUGGAUGAGUUCUGAUGAUUACAGCUCUCUGGAUGCUCUUGAUCUUGUGUGGGCCAAGUGCAGAGGAUACCCCUCUUACCCCGCACUGAUCAUUGAUCCCAAGAUGCCACGAGAAGGUGUGUUCCACAGGGGCGUCCCGAUCCCAGUUCCUCCUCUAGAGGUGCUAAAACUAGGAGAGCAGAUGACCCAGGAGGCCCGAGAACAUCUCUUUCUUGUGCUAUUCUUUGACAACAAGAGAACCUGGCAGUGGCUGCCGCGCUCCAAACUGGUUCCUCUUGGUGUGAAUCAGGAUCUAGACAAGGAGAAGAUGUUGGAGGGCAGAAAGUCAAACAUCAGGAAGUCCGUUCAGGUGGCGUACCACCGUGCAAUGCAGCACCGUAACAAAGUCCAGGGUGACCCCAGCAGUGAUACCAGUGACAGCGACUGAACACACACUUCGCAACAAAAAGAACUAUAGAAUAAAUUGAAAUACACACUUUAGUACGUUCUCUAUUCUGGUGCUAAGCUGCCGGUAGUCUUUAGACAGGACGGUUGUUUUUACGUGUACACGAUCAGUGCAGCUGUAUGUGAUUUUCCAGUGCAUUCAUAAAUAAAGGACAAACAUGUGGUCCAUUUACCUCACACUACAGCCAGUAUUCUGUAUGUAAAGAACACAGUUUUGAUAGUCCUCUGCUUAUUGAAACUUUUAAAAUGUCUAAAACCACAUCUUCACAAUUUUAGUACACCUAAACCAUGUGUUCUGCUGACUGUGUUUGUGUGGUUAUGUGCAAGAGAAUUCAUGUAAGUGUUCAUAUAGGAUGUUAAAAAAGAAGCAGUGCAUUUUGUGUAGAGGGCACAACGACGCUUGAUUGCGGUACUGUAUUUAUUUGUUCUUCCAAAUGAGACAAGCUCUCAUCCUCCUAUAAUGCAGCCACACACAUUCUCAGCUCUUGAGUCGGCGUAUCUGUCUGUGUUUGUGGUGAACAUUUCUCAUACUCCGAUGUUUGAAUGAAUGAAUACAUUGAUGACAAACUGUUGUCUGCUCAUGUGCCAGUUCUAUCACUGUAGAUCUUUUAUAUAUAAAUAUAAAAUAUGUGCGAUAGGCUUUAAUAAAAACAUUUGAGUUUUGUA